AUGUCAUUCAUAAGUGAUUAUUGUAAAUAGAUCAUUAGACCACCAAGAAGAACUUAUUCAAUAUAAUAAUUAGGUAUUGAUACACUAAAAGUAGGUCCAAAAUUACGAUUUAUUCAAAGUGUUCCAAUAAUAAGAUAAGAUUUCGAGUUUACUUCAAGAUAGCUAAAACUUUAAGCUAGUUAUUUCAUAUAAGAAUCUGUUCAUCAUCGUUGUCUAAUUUAUCUUCAUUGCAAUGCUAGUUGUAGAUUAGAAGGAUUGUAGUAUGUAGAUAGGUUAUUAGCUACAGGAGUCAAUUUAUGUAUAUUCGAUUUUGCUGGAUGUGGUUUAUCAGAAGGAAAAUACAUAACCAUGGGUACUUAUGAAAGUGAAGAUGUAAAAGAACUAAUGAACUAUAUUGAAUGUCAUUUUGGUAAAGUUGAUGAGUUUAUUUUAUGGGGAAGAAGUAUGGGAGCUGUAACUGCACUAAUGUUAUCCUAAGAUCCUCGAAUUACUACUUAUAUUGCUGAUAGUGCUUUUACAUAAUUAAGAACUGUUGUAGAAGAGUUAGGUUAAUAAAAAUUUGGAUGUUUUUCAUUUAUGAUCAAUGGUUUUAUGCCAUUUCUUAGAAGUAAGAUAAUAAAUGAAGCAUAAUUUGAUAUUGAUCAAGUGUCUCCUCUCAAUUAUGUUAAUAUACAAAGCAAUACUAAACGAUUUUAUUUCCUGGCUGGAAAAUCUGAUUAAUUGGUUCAUCCUAGACAUUCUCAAAUUCUCUAUGAAAAAUGUAAAUCAUAUAAAAGACUUGAAUUAUGUGAUGGAAAUCAUAAUACAACUAGAUAAGUAGAAACAUUAGAUAAAAUAUCCAAAUUUAUUAAUCUAUUACAAUUAGAAUUACCAUUCAAUUCUGACUAUUCUAAUAAAUGUUCUAAAUACUUUUAAGAAGCAUAAUAAUGUUUAAAUAGUUAUAGGAUGUAAUAAUAAGAAUAAGAAGAACAGCUCAAAGAAUAUGUUAAAUAACUUGAAAGAAAAAGCAUCUUAAAGUCAUAUUAAUAAUAAUAGAGAGAUCUUUCAGAUCUGGAACAAUAUUUAGAAUGA